CUCUUUUCUUACUCCGCCGAGGCGCGCUUGCGAUGCUUGAAUCAUCUUUCUUUCUCUCCAUCUCCGUUAACAUGAAUUCCUGCCGUCGGCAGCAAAGAUAGCGGCCCUUGCCCUGCCCCCGUCCAACCAAGCAACUGCAUCCUCGCCCGUGGCCAGCACCACGCCCAGCUCCGCCAUAAGCCAGCCUGCUUCUACUGUAUCGGCAUCAUGACGGCGGCUAGAUCACAUACAUGCCACCCCACAAGUUAAAUUCGUCCCGUCGUCUCUCACCCAGCUGAAGUGCCUGGGGCGGAAGUUCUGCUUGUUCCGCUUGGACUUUUUGCCGCUUCGAACUCCUUCCUGCGCUAUACCCGUCCGCCUUACUGUACCUUACCUUGGGACCAUCUCCAUCUAUAUGGAAACGCUCGCAUUCACUCCAUCUUGACGCCUCACGCACCAACUUGCCUGUUCAGGAAAACUCGAGGUGCCAGACCAGCCAUGGACUUAGACGGUGGGCAGACCCCUGAAGACGCCUCUACGAGCGAACUUAUAUCCCCGAUCGGAUAUUCAAACUCCUCAAAAUGCGGUUACUGUGGCACUCGAGGACAGAGCUUUUCGUAUUAUGCGAGUGCUACGUCUCUUAGCCCUCAGUUUUAUCUCACAUUGCUAGAUCGUUGUUGGAGACGAUCAGGAAAGCUCCUAUAUCGCCCCAAUCAGCGAGCGUCCUGUUGUCCUCACUAUACUAUACGUCUGGAUUCGGACCAAUUUUACCCUACAAGGGGCCAGCGCCAAACCAUUAAUCGCUUCAACAAACAUGUUCUCGGCGAAGCUUAUGUUAAGCAAGCUGCUCGUCUAUAUCCAAGAUCACGCGAAGAGACCAAAAAGCGUGACAAUGAGUUUUGCCUAACAGAGCGUAUUCAUGAGACUGAGCUAAAUCGAGUCAAGACCCCACCCGAGCCAGCACAUAAGUGGGAGGUUACUCUUGAGGAAGACAGUUUUACAGAAGAAAAGUAUCUUGUCUAUGAUAAUUAUCAGAGAGUUGUCCAUGGGGAUGAACCGGGUGAAAGGACGAGGCACUCGUUUGAACGCUUUCUCUGCAAUUCCCCCCUGCAGCGUCAGGUCAUGAUUGGGCCUGAUGGACGAAAGCGCCGCUUAGGUUCCUACCACCAAUGCUACCGCCUAGACGGCGUUCUAGUGGCUGUUGGUGUACUUGACCUGCUGCCGCAAAGCGUCAGCUCUGUUUACUUCCUUUACCAUGAAAGCGUUCAUACAUUUGCUCCUGGAAAACUAGGUGCCCUCUAUGAAAUAGCUCUUGCCGUUGAAGAGGGCUACCGAUGGUGGUAUCCUGGAUUCUACAUCCACAGCUGCCCUAAAAUGAAGUACAAAAUCGACUACGGCCCUCAGUAUAUUCUCGAUCCGGAUACCUUGGACUGGAGGCCUCUUGAUAAGACCGUUUUGGAUAUUCUUGGCAGGGACACUUAUACAAGUUUCUCCACGGUCUUAGGAGAAAAUGCUACUAAUGCAUCUGAGAUGCGCUCUGCAGCCUCCACAGGCAUACCCUCUGGUGGAGCUCCUGAGGCGUCCAUGUCUUUGGAUGAGAGCCCACAGAGCCCGGAGGAUGCCAACUCGGAUGAAGACAUUGACGAGGAGGUUGACGAAGUGUACGACUCAUUGUUCCGAUCCAAAAUGCCAGGCAUCCCUUCUGUCGCCACCAUGGAAAGUUUAGAUCUGGACCACAUAAUUCUCAGAAUCUUUCCUACAGGCCCGUUGUUUGAGACUUCGGAUCUAGUUGGCUGGAGGCACAGCAAUAUCAGACAGCCGUCGGGCAUCAGGCAUAGCAUUGCACAGCUGAUUGCAGCAUUAGGACCUGAUUUGAUGGGUGACAUAUGCCUGGAUCUAGUGCGCCGGCAAGUCUAGCUGGCUGCACUACGGUAUUAAGAUUGAAUUCCCCUUUUGCUCUGCUGUUGGUUACUAUAUAUAUGUAGGAUUAGUUAGGAUACAAUGGCUCUUGUUGCGCUAGCGGGUACGUCACUAGCGAAUUACUGUAGAUAGACUUUUUAUCUUGCAUUUCCGAAUUACUAAAGCGCUUUUGAAUUCUAGGCAUUACAUACCUAUGUUUCUGUCACUAUUUUAUACCUAUUGUUCGGUUC